AUGAGCUAUGGGGCAUCGUCUGAGGGGAAAUGUGCUUACCAGGAUGUUAUCAAGCAUUUGGGUUUGACCUACAACAAUAAGACGUUCCACAUGACCCGGCCUGUUGCUGACUACAGUGUGCCCACAUACAUCUUUAUGGAGUUGUAUGUCUAUACCAUUCUAGAAGUGAGAGAGAAGGACCAGAUAUUUGUUCCUUAUGUUUGGUUCACAUUGGAGUGGCAAAAUGACUUCAUACUUUGGGAACCCGAUCAAUUUUGUGGUAUUUCAAAUUUGUCUGUUCCAGCUGAACUCAUUUGGAAGCCAGAUCUCACCGUAGAGGAAGCGACAGAGAACGACAAGUCUAAACCUAACCCUUAUGUCACAAUAUUAUUUAAUGGGACUACUGGAAUAAUAUAUAACCACGUGCUGGUCAGCACCUGCAAGAUGCAAGUCUUCAGAUUCCCCUUUGACACUCAGAGCUGCAACCUCACUUUUAGAUCUGUUAUACACUCUGGUGAGUAUGUAACCUGUUGUAUAUAUAUCAAGAUAAAGAGGAGGUCGGCGCUCUAUAUUGUCAACUUCAUACUCCCCAUCUUGUUCUUCCUGUGUCUGGACUUGGCCUCCUUCCUGAUCUCAGACACCAGUGGCGAGAAGCUGGGCUUCAAGGUCACAGUGCUGCUCGCUGUAACUGUGAUGCAGCUCAUUCUCAAUGAAAUUCUGCCUUCUUCAUCAGAGCGGAUCCCACUGAUAGCCGUCUACUGCAUUGGGGUUUUUGCUCUGAUGAUGCUCAGCCUCCUGGAGAGUGUUUUUGUGAUGCACCUGAUAGAGAAAGACAACGCACCACAGGACAAUGAGACAGAUGAAGACCUGAGGCUAAGUGAGGACAAACGAGGCAAAGCUAGAUGUGAAGGAGAGGUGAAUAAAUGUGUUCACUCUUCAUCUAGCUGUGAUGUGUCUCCCAUUAAGACGCCAUCUGAAAAGCUGCCAGUGGCUACAGAGCAGUUUGGUUUGAGCCAGGUUUAUACAGAAUUUACUAAUCCUCCCAGUAUCAAACCACCUGUUCAAACAAGUAAAGCAGUGACAGCUCGUUUAGCUACAGCCACAACCUCUGUCUCUCUGAACCAGUACUACCUGCAGCCUCACAAUAGGAGUCUGUUCUUUCUGUUGCUAUUAACCACAGUUUAUGAAACUACUUUUCAGGAUAGCAACAUCCAACUGAUGGAGGUGUCUCUGGCCUUGUAUGAGGUGAGGAACCAAAUAAAGACUCUACUCCUCAGCGACAGGAAGGAGGAAGCAAAACCUGGCUACUGGACCAAAGUGGCUAGAAGAAUCAACAAAGUGUUUAUCAUUUGCUAUGUCUCAGCUAUCAUUGUGUUUUUAGUCAACAUGUUUUCCAUUUGGACUGAUUAAAAAGAUGUAGUGUUAAAUGAUUAGUGGGAUUGCUGAGCAUCUACAACUAGUAACAUUUUACUAACUACUACUAGACUAGAACAUUUUCCAUUAUUCAAACCAUUCAAACUUCAACACUUUCAGCUCAAUUGGGACAUCAUCGGUGUAUUCAGUUUUCCGAAAUAUUCAAUAUAAUAUUCUCUCAUUAAGACUCACUUGCCUGACUCUCUUACACCUGUGGCCACAUUUUAAAAACACAACAACAUGGGGUCAAAUUUGACAAUAUGUUGUUGAGAAAGUUCUCAGGAUGCUCACAAUGUGGUCAGUUUUUCAAUCGGACCUACAGUUUUCAUGUUAGAGUGUGUUGUGUG